AACAAGUUUGUAGAAUACAAGAUUGGAAGUCAGUAUGGUGCGGCUCUCAGUUUUAAUAUCAUUUUUGUUUCUGGUUGCCUGCGUCUGCGCAUUUCCAGGUACUAAAUUUGCGCUGAUAAAAAAUAGUGACUUCGGUGUCGGAACGGCUGUAGCUGGCAGUCAGUCUAAUGGAGUCGUUAACACAAACUCAGGAGUAGAAGUCCCAGUAAAUGCAGGAGAUGAUACUGAAAUUGCAGUAGUCGACAACGUGAACACCGGUGCAGCCUUCGCGUUUGCAGGAAGUUCUGCUACUGGAGUUCGCAACACCAACAACUACUUUUCACCUUAUUAGUAAAUUUCUAAAAGUUCGA